AUGGCUCCUGUGUUAGGUUAUUGGCUUCUCCGUGGGCGAGCUCAACCAAUUCGCCUUUUUCUGGAAUAUCUCGAAGAACCGUACGAAGAGAAACGUUAUGGUCAGGGUGAUGUGGCCGAAUGGCAAGCGGAGAAGACCUCCAUAAACUUGGAUUUUCCAAACCUUCCUUAUUACAUCGAUGGCGAUUUUUGUAUUACUCAGUCCAUGGCAAUUAUCAGGUAUCUGGCCGAUAAGCACAAUCUCUUGGGUAACGACCCAAAGGAGCGUGCCUAUAUAACUAUGCUGGAAGGUGCAGUGAAUGAUUUACGGUCGGCAAUUGCAACAAUGGCCUACAGUGCUCAGAUGGAAAAAGAGAAAGCUAGUCUGGUCGAAAAAAUGCCCGACUGUCUGAAGAAAUUCGAAAAGUAUUUGGAAUCGAAACCAUUCCUAAUGGGAGACAAAAAUUUGCCCCGCAUCAAAGCAUAUAUGGAAUCGGAUCGAUUCGUCAAAUGGCCACUGCAUGCCUGGUUUGCUGCAUUUGGUGGUGGGACCAAGCCUCCCCUAAGUUAA